CACACACACAUAACAGUCCUGAACUCUCUCACAGAUGAGCUUAUCUGCGUCUUUGACACGAGCAGAUAAAGAAAAUAACGGCAUCGUUUCAACGCGUUUGGGAUCUUCGGACUGUGAGAUAUAAUGGGGCGCGGAGGCUGCAGUUUGUUGGCUCUAACAUCUGUUCUUCUGUGUUUCUGUCUGUUGCGGGCACAGAGUUUCACCCUUAUAAAGACCAACCUCUGUAAAUGGUGUGACCACUCAAGUCCUGUAUGUGAAGACAAUGUCUGCAUGAGCAACUGCAGUCUGACCUCUUACUGUACUUUGGCUGAAGAAGUGUGUGUUGCAAUAUGGAAAAAGGACAAUGUGAGUGUGAGUGUGCGGACGCUGUGUUAUAACCCUCAGGAUAUGCUGGAGAAUAUAAUGCUGGCAAACUACUCUUCCAAAGAGUGUUUGAUGACACCUCAACCCUCUGAAGAUGGCCUGCUCUUCAUCUGCGGGUGUAUUGGAGACCAUGAGUGCAAUGAUAGACUCAUCUUCGACAAAGGAGCCAACGGAUUCUCAAAGCUGAAGUCCAAAGACGUCAUUCCAGUAGUAGUCAUAAGCCUGGUUCCACCCCUGCUGAUAGCUGUCAUUGCUACCAUGGCUUUUUACCUGUACCGCACACGUCAGCCUGGCAAGAAACCCAAAGACUGGGGGCCACGACGGACCCACUACCAGUCUCUAGAUCCAGCUGAGGGCCAAGUAAAUGGCAGCGAUUACCGCGGCAAGCUGCCGUCCCUCAGCGAUGACGUCAAUUCGGAAAUCUCAUCGACUUGUGCCAAUAACCUAAACCACAACACAGAGCAGCUGCCCAUCCAGCUGGAGGCGCUGGUGGGUAAGGGACGCUUCGCAGAGGUAUGGCGUGCAAGGCUCAGUCACAAUGAGGGUGGGCAGUACGAAACUGUGGCUGUGAAGAUCUUCCCGGCGGUGGAGUAUUCCUCAUGGUGUAACGAAAGAGCAAUAUUCUCUGAUGCCAAUUUAAAACAUGAGAAUAUAGUGCAGUUCCUGACUGCUGAGGAGAGGGGCGGUACUGCUGCUUCCCCCCAGAGGCAAUAUUGGCUCAUUAUGGCUUAUUAUAACAUGGGAAACCUUCAGGAAUUUCUGGCUGGUCAUAUCCUUACAUGGACCGAGCUGUGUUCACUGGCAGGCUCUGUGGCGAGAGGCCUGGCGCACCUGCACAGCGACACGACGCCCUGCGGCAUACCAAAAGUGCCCAUCGCACAUAGAGAUCUGAAGAGCAGCAACAUUGUGUUGAAGAACCACAGUGAGUGUGCGCUCUGCGAUUUCGGACUGGCUCUGCGACUCGACCUCUCGCUCACCGUAGAUGACUUUGCUAACAGUGGACAGGUGGGGACAGCACGCUACAUGGCCCCUGAAGUUCUGGAGUCCAGGGUGAAUCUAGAAGACUUGGAGUCUUUUAAACAGAUUGAUAUCUACUCCAUGGCCCUGGUGCUAUGGGAAAUGGUCUCUAGGUGUGACGUCAUAGGAGAGGUAAAAAGUUACGAACCCCCAUUUGGCUCCAAGGUGUGUGAGCAACCUUGUGUAGACAGCAUGAGAGACCUGGUGUUAAGAGACAGAGGACGACCAGAUAUUCCAGUGAGCUGGACAACACAUCCAGGCAUGCAGCUCUUGUGUGCGACUAUAACAGAAUGCUGGGAUCAUGACCCGGAGGCUCGUCUGACGGCGCACUGCGUGGUGGAGCGCUUUAAUACUCUGGCACAGGAAGAGCUGGAGAACUCCAUCUGCACCCACGCACCCACAUUGCCAUCUACAGAGGACCAAAGCCCAUCCCUUCCCUCCCUUCCUCCCUGCACGGACCACAGCACUGGCAUCCGUUCGCAUGUUACAUCUGACACGCAGAUCUCCGUUUCAUCCAGGCAAGCGAGUCAAAUGUGACCUGCCUGGAAAAAUCAGACUACUUCUUGUAAUCCAUAUUGAUUCAUUAUGUGGAGCUGGUCUCCGUUUUUCCUUAAACGCUAAUCUAAAGCGACGGACAAAAGAGGGUUUCUGUUCUAACAUAUCCUCGUUUACUUGUAUAAUGUUGUAAAGGAUGUAGUCAAGGAUGAAGGCUGCUUUGUGGCAUAAAGAAAAAACAAAAAAAACAGCUAUCGCAGGUGGAGAGAAUUUAAGGGUACGUGGCAGAAAGCUGUAAAGAGCCCCGUUAUUACUAACAUGUUUUCCCAAAAAUGUUUGCCACACAUCAUUUUCUGAUUUACAAUUUUCCAUUGCCCUUUCUGACUCACUCACUCAUGGAAUCCACGUGAUCUUCCCAUAAACUCAGUUUUGGGGGACUUCAGUUUGAUUAACCACAGACCCGAAGCUGAAAUUACAUCUCAAAAGACGAUAUAACUGCUGUUUUUAGACAUAAAAAAGACCAGUUUCAUUGCAUUGCUCUCACAGGGCUGUAAUCCUUUUAACUAAUUUUAGAAUAACUUCAAAAUGUGAUUUGAGCCUGACGUUCCUCUUGCUCCGGACGAGUUGCUUUGCACUGACCCUUUUUUAACCACUGACCUGAUUACUUUAAUUAAACGACAGCUACAUGAAGGCUUUUUAUCUGGUAUUAUCAAUGUCCUGCUUCAGAAGCUAAGGAAAAUCCUGUUCAUUCUGGAUUUAUUGAUUAUAAUCAAUUAGCUUAUCUUAAUUCAAAGAAAAAAAUCUUUUUUUAAAAGACGUCAAUGAGCUCGGGUCUCAGGCAAAGAGAAAAGCAUGACACUGACUUGUCUAGUUUCUAAAGAGUCUGCAUUUAUUCUCCAAACUUUUUUUAUUUUAAGCAAUCUGAGGUUUACCCAAAUUCUACAGAGCUACUUUGAGGGACAGGGAAAAUUCAUACCAGAUUGCACACUGGAAAAAGAACUGAUGGAGAUAAAUACUUUCUGUGCAAAUGUCAAUAUGAACAUAUGGCAACCUGUUAUGCUUUUUCCAUUACUGGAGAUGAAGCAAACAAAGAUGUCGUUUUGCCCAUUCUUGGUGUGAACUGGCUUCACAGAUAUACAGUAAUCACUAUAUAAAAAUGUAUAUGCAAAAUGUGUCCAUUUACUUUUUUAAAGAACAUUUUUAAAGGGGUCAUCGAGUGCCUAUUUUCCACAAGUUGAUAUGAUUCUUUUGGGUCCUAAUGAAAAGUCUAUAACAUGCUUUGGUUAAAAUUUCUCAACGGUAGUGUAAAUAACACCUUUUUUACCUUGCCAAAAUCUGCUCUGGUCGAGGUUGCUUUAAAUGUUAAUGAGCUCUGCUCGCCCCGCCCCUCUCUUCUCUCUGUGGAGUGACAAGCCUGUUUACUUUAGCUGCGUUCUGCCGCUAAACUUGCUAACUAACACGUUAUUUGGAAAGGCGAUCGCAAAGAUUCAUAAAAAAAACCUUAUACUCACUUCCGCUGUAAGUGAAGCUGGAUCAUGAAUGAUUUGCGUGAUCUGUCGGUGUGACGCCGCAUCUGAGAAUGGCUCCAUUUGAAAAAGGGGAUAUUAUUUUUACAGAUUAAUUAAAAACCACUGCAUGGAUUUUUAUCAUUAUAGGGUAGAUUUGUACAUACACUGCCAACACACAUUAAUGUUCAAACAACAUGUAAAAGUAAACUUAGCAUCCGAUGACCCUUUUAAAAUAGAAUUUAUUCCAGUCAUGGCAAAGUUGGAUUUUCAGCACCAAAUACUGGAGUCUUCAGUGUCACAUGAUCCUUCAGAAAUCAUUCUAAUAUCCUAAAUUCGGUCCUAAAGAAGCAAUUUUUAUUAAUGUCAGUGUUGAAGUAUAUGCUGCUUAUUAUUACUUUCUAUUUUAAGGACUCUUUAAUGAAUAGAAAUAAGAGAAUUUUGUAAUAGUUUUUUGAUAACAAAGUAGUCUUUACUGUCACUUUUGAUCAAUUUAAUGUUUCCUUGCUGAAUAAAAGUAUAAAGUAAUUUCUUAUUAAAAGCCCACCCUGACCCUAAACAUUUGAAUGGUAGUAUAUAAAGAAUACUGUAUAUUAAAGGUGCAGUAUGGUUUUGCCAUUUCUAAUCACUGAUUUGUAUGGGAACCUGUGCCUGCCUCAGAAUAAAAUACAAAACAUUGUAAAGAAAAAAUACAAAAAUUCUGAAAUAUUUAUUAUUUAAAAUAACUGAUUUCUAUUUAAAUAUAUUUCAAAAUCGAAUUUAUUCCUGUGAUUUCAAAGCUGAAUUUUUAGCAUCAUUACUCCAGUCACAUGAUCCUUCAGAAAUCAUUCUAAUAUUCUGGUUUGCUGCCCAAAAACAUUUAUUAUUAUUAUUAUUAUUAUUAUGUUGAAAACAGCUGAGUAGAAUUUUUUCAGGUUUCUUUGAAGAAUAGGAAGUUCAGAAGAACAUAUUUUUUUUCCUGAACAAUUAAAUAAGCAAAUAAAUUAUAUUGAUUCCAAGUUUUUAAAUGGUAUAGUGUAUAAUGUUACAAACACUUUUUACUUCAUAUCAAUGCUGAUCUGGAAAAAAAAAGAAAAAAAUACUAAUAAUAAUAAAAAAUGUUUCUUGAACAGCAAAUCAGCAUAUUAGAAUGACAUCUGAAGGAUCAUGUAACACUGAAGACUGAGAGUAAUGAUGCUGAAAACUUAGCUUUGAAAUCAUAGGAAUAAAUUACAUUUUAGAAUAGAAAGCACUUAAAUAUUUCACAAUAUUACUGUUUUUGCUGUAUUUCGGAUCAAGUAAAUGCUUGCUUGGUGAGCAGAAGAUAAUUCUUUAGAAAACAUUGAAAACUUUUGACUGGUAGUGUAAAGCCACAUUACGUGACAAAUAAUUACAACAAAUAAAGU